AUCCGAGGCUACGCUUGUUGUUCUUCCGGGUCCGCUCCGCUUCGCCAUUUCACGAUGCAGCAGCAAAUUCUUUGAGCAUUUCUCAACUCUUAAACAGCAUUCAUCUGCACAAGAAGCUAAAUAAAAAGAGAAAAAAUAUUGUUUAUUUACAGCUUUCUUUGUUUCUUUGUGUUAGAGUAUGUCGCGGCCGUCAAGACCAGCUCCACCUCCGCCCUCUAGGCCAGGUCAUGUUCAGGUUGUCAGGGCUUUGUACAACUACAACGCACAACAGGAAGAUGAACUAAGUUUCCAAGAGGGAGAUAUAUUGUAUAUUAUUGACAAGAAUAAUCCUAGUGGCUGGUGGAGGGCAAAAGUGGGCAGUAAAGAGGGAAUGAUACCAUCAAAUUACGUUGAAGAAAGCACAGAAUCUGUUGAUCACCCAAUGCAUGAAGCAGCAAAAAGAGGUAAUUUGGGAUUUUUGAAAGAAUGCAUCCUAAACAAGGUGUCACCAAAUAGCCUUGAUAAGUCUGGUUCAACAGCACUCCACUGGGCUGCAUCAGGAGGCCAUUUUGAUUGCGCGGCUCAACUCUUAAAUCUCCCUCACGUCGAUGUAAACGUGCAGAAUAAACUUGGCGACACAGCACUUCACAAUGCGUCAUGGAAGGGUCAUGCAAGUGUGGUCGAGAUUCUUCUGGACCGAGGUGCAAAUAAAAACAUUCAAAACAACGAAAAGAAAAAACCAUACGAUCUAGCGAGGAAUCCACAAGUUGCAAUGCUGCUAAAGGAUAAAGUGGGUAAGAAACUUCAACGAUGUAGUGUAACAAAAUCGAAUGAAUUUGCUUUUGUCAAUUGUAAAACAAUCUUUUUAUUUCAUUUUUGGUUUGCAGUUUAUCGUCAACAGCAGCUUUUUGCCAUCCUUCCAUUUCUGAUAUUCUGUUACUUUUAAAGGCAAUCAACAGAUACUAAAGUUGUACUGAUUGAUAGGUGGUUACUGUCAGUCACUUGUCUUUCGAUAACCUUUAAAUUGCCUAAUACCAUAUCAUUGUUUUGAGAUAGGUGUGGAUUUUCUUGGGAGCAAAUUAAAUCUUAGCAAAAACGGGAAAAAACAAGGAAAACCUAUUUGGUUUUUUGUCAAGUUCAUAAAUUAACAUAAGUUAAGUUCAUAAGUUAAGUUCAUAAGUUAGAGCAUCGAUAGAUAUUUAAUAGUGGAAGUGUGCCUUAAAGGGACAUUUUUUAGAUUUUCCUUUGACCGAAUCAGAGGUGGAAAAAACUUUUUUCUUUCUGGGAACCUAAGUAUCUGGCUAAAAACUUUCUGCAAGAUUUCAAGGGGUAGACAAACAAACUUUCUGUUUGUGCCUACAAUACUGUAUUUAGCUGAAGAAAUUCAAGACGUUUAUAUGCAACUGACUAUGAGUAGGCCUAACUCAACAUAUUGGAUAUGGCUUUACUUGAUGCAUAAAUGCACAUAAGAGGGAAAUCAACUUUAGCCAGAAAUUUAUGCAUUUAGUCAAUCAUCAUGAUGGAAAAACCAAAAUCAGAAGGCAAUAAUUUCUAAACAUAGUUUCAGAAGAAUCAGGGGCAAAAUCAUUUGAAUUGUAUGGUGCAUUUUACGGAGAAAGCUUAACACAGCCUAUUAUUAAGUGUGAAGAAAUAUAUGGUGAAAUGGAGUCCUAAUAUGCACCAAAUUACUUUAACCAAGCAUAUUAACUUAUGAUCAAUGCUGCUCACACCAUAGUACAUGAAAUAAUUUCUGUGAAAGUAGAUUCCAGUCCCUAUAUUAAUCUCAGUCUAAACAAUGGUUUGUCUAAAAAGCUCAGCUGCCAAAAAAAAUUUUGAUGGUGAGUGGUUGAGAUUUCUGUGAGAUGGUGAAUGUGCACAAAGAAUUUCUUUCCAAUUGAAAGAUACUAUACCCGACAGUCCAUUGGCAGCUCAUAUUUAGCUGCUUACAGUCAAGUUGAAAUAAUAUUAAAUGCUGAUUUGACUUAACUCUUGUCACCAGAUUUUUAAAUUUACUUUAACACUUCAAAACUUUUCUGUGAAACUUUCUGCUAAUAUUUCCAUCCAGAAAAAUUUCUGGGAACUAUGUUCCCAGGUUCCGAUACUUUUUCCACCGUUGGACCGAAUCAACCUUAUAUCACUGCCAAAAGCCCUGGAACAAUAAUGUCAGUUUUUAAGCUCGAAUUCAGCCCUCUCCCUCUACUUGUGAAAACAAAGUUGGCUGGCUACAAACUUUCGUGGGAAUUAAUGAAGUUUCUAUGGGCUUGUAUGAUAUUUGCUAUCAAAAUUUUUCUAGAGGGGGGGGAGAGUUGCAUUAGUAAUAUCUUAGAAAUGAAAUGGAAAAAUUAAAUCUUUUGCUGAUGAGUUUUUUUAACAAUUUAAGCAAAACAUUGCCAGUUUUAUUAACAAUUUUGAGUUAUGUCCCAUGUCUCGCUUCUCUUCCUGGUACAAGCGGUUUUUAAUGUCACAUUUCAAUAUUUUUAGCGGCUACAGCAAAUGACUACGGCGAAGAUGAAGAUUCUGACUGAAAUUUGUCUGCAUUAAAAAUCUAAAGGUUAUUUAUUUCGUUUUUAUUUGGA